GCUCAGAGAGCCGACAAGAGCAAGUGUCAGAGCAGAGAUAGAGACAAACACACAACCGAGAAACAAAACAGCAAAAAGUAACAAGUCAGUUCAAAACAACAUCCAAGACGCUCCUGCUUGAGUUAUUGCAACAACAAAAAAGAAAGUCAAAGUUGAUCGGUUGAUUCAUUUUGAUUCAUUUUAGGGAAUGAGCUUAAAGGACAUUUUAAUUUUUGGUUGAAAAAAGACAAGCGGAUUUUUUUUUCUUCUUUAACUUCCAAGAGGGAAAAAAAAACACACACGAGGAGACCUGGAGAUCGGAGGAAGGCUGGGAACAGCAUCAGCGCUCUGUGAGUGAUCUCGUCCACCUGCGAGGCUCUGCCAGCCUCCCCCUCCUCUGCACGCGACAAGCAGCCACCAGCCCCGCAGCUUCAGCACCAGCAGAGGAUGGCUGCAGCCAAGACCGAGAUGAUCCUCCCUACCCUGCAGAUCUCUGAGCCUCUCAGCUUCCCUCACUCCCCCUUGGAUAACUACCCCAAGCUGGAGGAGGUGAUGAUGCUCGGUACUGCGGGGACACCCUUCCUCACCGCCUCUGCACCCGAAGGUGCAGGCUUUGGCUCCGGCGAGCCAGGAGAGCAGUACGACCACCUUGCAGGAGAUACUUUAUCUGAAAUCCCCUUCAGCUGCGAGAAGCCAGUGGAGCAGAGCUACCCCUCCCAGAGGCUGCCCCCCAUCUCCUACACUGGCCGCUUCACCCUUGAACCCGCCAGCACGUGCAGCAACAGCCUCUGGGCGGAGCCCAUCUUGGGCCUGUUCACCAAUCUGAUGAGCAGCGUUGCUUCCACGUCCAACUCGUCUUCUGCCUCCGCACAGAUCGCCUCGUCCUCCGCUUCAGCCAUAUCGUCCUCCUCCACCUCUUCUUCAACUUCGUCGACAUCGCAGAACUCCAGCCUCAGCUCCUCAAUUCACCACAGUGAGCCCAACCCAAUCUACUCGGCCGCUCCGACCUACUCCAGCCCCAACUCUGACAUCUUCCCAGACCAGGGCCAGGCUUUCCCCAGCUCAUCUGGACCGGCGCAGUACCCUCCCCCUGCCUACCCCAACAACAAGACCUGCAGCUUCCCCGUACCCAUGAUUCCUGAUUACCUCUUCCCACAGCAGCAGGGGGAGAUCAGCCUGGUGCCCCCGGACCAAAAACCCUUCCAGAGUCAGUCAAGCCAGCCUUCUCUCACUCCUCUGUCCACCAUCAAAGCCUUCGCCACUCAGACUGGUUCUCAGGACAUAAAAAGUGUCUACCAGUCUCAGCUGAUAAAGCCCAGUCGCAUGCGAAAGUACCCCACCCGCCCAAGCAAGACACCACCACACGAAAGGCCCUACGCUUGCCCGGUGGAGACGUGCGAUCGUCGCUUCUCACGCUCCGACGAACUGACGCGUCACAUCCGCAUCCACACAGGUCAGAAACCCUUCCAGUGCCGCAUCUGCAUGAGAAACUUUAGCCGCAGCGACCACCUGACAACGCACAUACGCACUCACACCGGGGAGAAGCCCUUCGCCUGCGAGAUCUGUGGACGCAAGUUCGCCCGCAGCGACGAGAGGAAGAGGCACACAAAGAUCCACCUACGGCAGAAGGACAAGAAGGCAGAGAAGGCAGGAGCUGUGGCAGUGACAUCAGCACCGGCGUCAGCCGCCUCGCCGUCCUCCAGCUACCCCUCUCCCAUCACCUCCUACCCCUCUCCAGUGUCUUCAUACUCCUCUCCAGUCACCUCCUGCUACUCCUCUCCUGUCCACACUUCCUAUCCGUCUCCCUCCAUCGCCACCACCUACCCAUCGGUGUCCAUGUCCACCACAUUUCAGUCCCAAGUUGCCUCCUCCUUCCCGUCCUCGGUUGCAUCAAACAUCUACAGCUCUCCCAUCCCCACCCCGCUGUCAGACAUGCAGACCACCCUCUCCCCAAGAACAAUCGAGAUCUGUUAGAAAAGAAGCAGAAAAAACUUUUAUACUCUGCUUCUGCAAGAGAUUUUUUUUUAAAGAGGGUAAAGAAAUCAGCAUCAAAAGGACUUCGUUUUCUUCCUCCAAAAAGCACUUUCCUGCUCCCCGUGCAGGUGAAUCCUAAGAUUUGCCUGAAAGAUAAAAUCGAGACACGUGUCAAGGACCAGGCAAGGACAAUACAACUUGAGAAGGGAUUUUUUUUCCUUUCUUUGUUUGUAAAACAAAUAGAGCACUUCAAAUGUAUAAGGGACUUCAGAAACAGGGAGUAGAAAGCAGCUCUGACGGGUUUGUGCUAUUAGACCCCCUCAACAAAAAGACAAACGCAACAAACAAGCGAGAGACACAGACUGCCAGCGUUGUAGUGCUGAAGCACGUCCGUCCUUGAGGCAUUCACUUAAAAGACAUUGAAUAAAAUACAUAAGCUAUGUAUAUUGUACAUGUGCCAUGUUUUGUUCUAUCAUUCUUUGGUACCACUGAUGUGAACAACUCUUUGCAUAUUGCAUUGUAUUAUUUGAAGUGACCGAGGCCAUAUUUUCUACAUACUUCUUCUAUUCUGUAGUGAUGAUGCUGUGACACGUUUUGACAUUGUUUGCAAAAGAAAAGAAAAAAAACAACAACAAAAAAACAAAAAAGAAAAGCACUUAAGUAUUCGAGCAUGAGUAAGAGUGACGUUACUUUCUGUUUGUAAAUAUCAUUCCACUGGUACUAUCUCCUUCUCACAUGUGACAUAUCGCUUGGUUCUAUAAAAAAAACAGAAAUAGUAAAAAAAAAAUUUUUUUUUUUUUUUUUUGUUGGAAAA